AUGUCACGCGCAUCGGCCGGUUUUGCAGACUUCUUUCCCACCGCCCCCUCCGUGCUGCAACAAAAGCGCUAUAAGAACGCCCAGGGUCGCAGGAAAACACAGGUGGAUGAAAUUCCCGACGGCUCCCCCGAGGGGCUAGCGCCGGCCGCCAAAGCAUCGGGGAGCGCGGAGAGACCGGACACGGCAGAUGGGAAAGGACCUCACACUCCUGCGCUCCAGCAGGAAUCAGAAUUGACCAGCGGCGCCCACGCGCAAGGCACGGAAGUCGCGCACCCGCCACCCGCCAAUCCCCUUUUAUCCCAAAUGGAGACCUUGACGCCACUGACACAGACGGAGUCCUCGCCGCCGUGCAAGGUCACGAGCCCGGCACAGGCGAAGCGGGCAGGCGAGGUCUCCAAAAUCUCUUCCAAACCGGAGCCCUCACCCCCCAAAUCUUCCAUCACUCCCAUUCACACCCCGCCAACGCCGCAGUCGCAGUCUCGCACCCUCGAGCCGCGCGUCAUCGGCUGCAAGGUGGUGUAUGACCCUGAUCUGGACAAGCGAACGCCGUCGAAGGAAAAACGAAGGAAGCUGGAGUAUGUCGAUAUCCUGAGUACCAAUCAAGGAGAUCCACCGCCCGAUCCGCGACUCGCAAUUCCCAAUUAUACCCGAGGAUCCGGGUGCAAACAGAAAACCAAAUACCGACCAGCCCCAUACACGCUGAAGCCAUGGGCAUACGAUGUGGCCACCAGCAUCGGGCCGGGACCCCCGGUGCAAGUGGUGAUCACCGGGUUUGACCCGUUAACGCCAAUUGCGCCGAUCAGCGCGCUGUUCGCAAGCUUUGGAGAGGUGGCCGAAAUCAAGAACCGCACAGAUCCGAUCACCGGCCGGUUUCUCGGGAUCUGCUCCGUCAAAUACAAAGAUAGUACCUCAAUGCGUGGCGGAUCGGUUUCAGCAACCAGCGCGGCGCGACGGGCAUACUUUGAGUGCAAAAAGGAACAGCGCAUUGGAACCCGCAGGAUCAGGGUUGAACUGGAUCGGGACGGUAUUGUCUCUGAUCGAAUGACCACCAAAGCAGUGGAGUCCCAGCGGUUGGCUUCCAAGAAUAAUGCCCCCUCAGCCAGCAAUCUCCCGCCAAACGAACCACCCCUCAAGAAAAGCGAGCCGCCGCCCACCGCACCCAAGGGUCCCUCCGGUCGAUCCUCGAUUCGCCCCGGGAUAGCAAUUCCAGAAGGCCCCCGGGCCGCAGUUCGACCCCCACCGGCGGCCCAAUCCUUAGUAGAAGAGACGGCGAUCCUCAGCCAAAUCAAGCGGGAUCCAUACAUCUUCAUUGCCCAUUGCUACGUCCCCGUCCUCAGCACCACAGUUCCGCAUCUCCGAAAGAGACUGCGGGUCUUUUCAUACAAACAGAUUCGUUGCGACAAAACCGGCUACUACAUCAUCUUCGAGAAUUCCCGUCGGGGAGAGGAGGAAACCGAGCGCUGUCAUCAAUCAUGCCACAUGCAGCCGCUGUUUACGUACAUCAUGAACAUGGAAAGCCAGCCUUACGGGAAUCCGAAUUACGAGCGAAGCCCAAGCCCGGAGCGUCUGCGCGCGGAACGACGAGACAAAGCAGUGAAGGACCGAGCUAAGAGGGAGACGGAAUUGGAUAUCGAGGAGGAAAAGAAGCAACGCGCAUUGGACCUGGAUCCCUGCCGAGAGGUGUUGUCUAUCAUCAUUCGCGAUCUCAGGGACAAGCUGCUCGAAGACGUGAAGUCGCGCAUCGCCGCCCCAGCCCUCUAUGACUAUUUAGAGCCGAGUAAACAUGCGGCCAAACGGGAGCGGCUGGGGAUCGCAGACCCGGAGGGAACCAAGCGACCCGCCUUCCGAAUUGACAGCACAAUCGGGACUCCCGACCCCCGCGGUGAUUUAACCACCGGGCGAGAUCCAUCCCAAUCCUCGGGCCUUAAUGUUCUCUCUCUUCCCCGGAUCCGAAAGGCCAACGGGCUGGACCGUGCGGGUGCUGCCUUUUUGGACGAACGACGCAGGCAACCGCUCCGCAAAAAGGAAGUUCGUCCCUUGUACCAUCGCUUGCAACAAUUGCAUGAUGAUGAAGACUCAGACGAUGAACAGCAUACUCCCGUUGCUCAGGAUACCGAUGAGCGUGAUAGCAGACCUUUGAGUCGCGCAAGCUCUGCCUCAUCCGAGUCCGGACGAGACCGAGAAUAUCAAUCAGAUGAUUUAGGCUCAUUCCAAGAAAGUGAUGAGCAUGCUCCGGCCGCUGACGAUGCCUCCAUUGACCUUCCUGGUGGUUCACGAGAAGACCACAAGCGAAAGCGGUUGGCCGAAGACUUGGAGGCCCGGAAAAGGCAGCGACAGGAAGAUGAACUAUUUGGCAUUGACUCCCAGACUGCCGAAGUGGAUGAGGCCGAUCAAACCCUCGAAACCCCUGCAACGGUGGUCGAGGAACAACUUGCAGAUCAUAUCAAAUUACCGACGCAUGAUCAUCCUGAAGACGCAGAGGUCUCGGCCGAAGAAUCGGAUGAGGAUGGCUCGGUCGACCACCCCAUCGAUGAACCGAGAACGGAGAUCGAAUGGGGCGUGUCCAGGGAUAAGCCUCGUGCCACCGUUGAAGAUGACGAGAAUGUCGUGCUUGACUUGGAUGGUUGGCAACAUUUGAUCAAAGAUGAUGAAGACAUGCGAUUCCUUCGAGAAAUUCUACUGGACCAGCCCAAAUCCAACAUUGGUAGUCUAGGAGCAUGGGGUUGGAAGCAAAAAGAGAUCAAAGCCCUCAAUGGGUUGGAAACAGGCACCACAGCGCAUCCCAUCAGCAUCCCUGGCUACUACGUGCCCAACGUCACGGGAGCUGCCCGGACCGAAGGUCGGAAAAGGAUCAUGGAGGCAGAAAAGUCCAAAUAUCUUCCACAUCGAAUCAAGGUCCAAAAGGCGCGUGAAGAGCGCGAGGCCAAUGCCACAGCAGAUCCUCAAGCCGCCGCCGCGGAAGCUGCCAGGAUUGCUGCCGCCAAAACUAUCUCGAAGUCGACAUCCCGGUCGACACGAGUCAACAAUCGACGACUCAUUGCGGAUAUUAAUGCCCAGAAGCAAGCUCUACCCACCGCAGGCGGCGAUGGAGAUGUUCUACGUUUCAAUCAGCUCAAGAAGCGUAAGAAGCCUGUACGCUUUGCUCGCUCCGCCAUCCAUAACUGGGGACUGUAUGCCGAGGAGAAUAUCACUGCCAACGAUAUGAUCAUUGAGUAUGUGGGUGAGAAAGUACGCCAGCAAGUUGCCGAUAUGAGAGAAAGGCGUUAUUUGAAGAGUGGCAUCGGCAGCAGUUAUCUCUUCCGAAUCGAUGAGAAUACCGUGAUCGACGCCACCAAGCGAGGAGGCAUUGCUCGUUUCAUCAACCACAGCUGUACCCCUAAUUGCACUGCCAAAAUCAUCAAGGUGGAUGGCAGCAAGCGUAUCGUGAUUUAUGCGCUCAGGGACAUCGAACGAGAUGAGGAGUUGACUUACGAUUACAAAUUCGAACGAGAAUGGGACAGCGAUGACCGAAUUCCCUGCCUCUGCGGUUCGACCGGCUGCAAAGGAUUCCUCAAUUAA